AUGGCUCCCCGUACUCCACUCAGACGGUCUCAUCGCUCUGACCGACGCGCCCAGACUCCCACUCAUGCUAAACCUCUCGUUCGUUCCACAUCUCUGAUAGGCUCUAUCAAAAACUUCAUAUCGUCGCCAUUCACAUGGUUCACCGCCCAGCAACAGGAUAUUCAGCAGGAUGAUUUCGAGGAUAAUACAGGGAAAAGGCGGCGAAAACAGGAUGCGAUAUCUGAGGAUCGUACGGACGAGCAGGGGAAGAGCAGGGCGAAGAGGAAGCGUGUGGAAAGCCCAGAGCCCUCCCCUUCCCAUCCGCCACAGGAUCGCCACAAUGCGCCCGUAAACUACCUCGAUGUGCCCGAUGUUAUGCUCGGUGCUCCCCCGGCUCGCAAUCGCCCUGCUCCCACUUAUGGCCGUUCUUCUUCUGCCGCCUUGCCACACUCAAGUCAGGUACAGAGCAAUGGAUUUGGUCCCUCUCGACCCGCCCAUCAUUCGUUCUCCCCUGCGGGCGGUAUUACACGUACCAUGUCUUUGGAUCCUCCUCGAUUCGCGGCGUACCAGCCAUCCUCCCUGUCUCGCGACGCGUCAAUGGACUCCGCAUAUCCUUCGGGCCCUUCUCGUGAAGUUACCAUGUCGCCUUCCCGUCGCUUUAAUAUGCGCUCCCGAACUUCUCUUACCCCGCAACCAUCUGGACAGACAUUUGGACCAGCCGUGCCACACCGGGAGCGUAAUCCUACAGAGCCUCCCCCAUUGUCAAGCCUUAUGUCAAAUCCGGUGUUUGUGAAACCUCCUCCGACGCAAUAUCAGCCUCGACCGCUUUCACAGGACCCUACAAUUACGCUCGGGUCUUUGGCCGAUGCAAGGAGUCGUUCUCCUCUCAGUCAGCAUACUACUCUGCGGAUAGGACGAGCGGGGAAUUUACCUGACAACACAGAUACUGGGUACGGUCGCCCGACUAAUGCCGCGGAGAAAGCCCUACAUGACCUUGAUGUCUACAAAACGCCUCUCCUGCCGACACGCCUGCGUGGAUCUGCUACCGUCCCCGAUAUGUUUAAGUCUAAGAAGCUUCCCAUCCCAAUUCUGAUGACCAGGAAUCAAGAAGACGAGCCGCGUCUCGGUAUGUCUGGUAAAAAGAGCAGAAGAGGUGUUAGGGAUGACGGUGCGGGCAACAAGCCCUAUGCGGGACAAGGCGGAAUGCGAAAACUCCUCGCGAGGAGACGAAUGGAGGAAGACGAAGACAAACAAGAGGAGCACGAAAAUGCUAUGGAAUCCGAUGAUAAUGAUGAGCGCAUUUUCCCUGCUCAAAUCACAGAAAGUCGCAAGAAAGGUGGAGCGAAACAAAGCAAAGCUCCGGAACCUCCUGCACUUUCGCGUCUCACUGUGCCAGAUUUCUCGUCCCUUCCCGUGAACAAAGGUCAAUCAUCUUUACGUGUCGGGCGUACUAGGAUAUCAAGAAGUCAUGCCACGCCCCUUUUACGGUCUAAAAACAAAUUUUCGGCUGUCUUUGACGAUGAUGACGCGGAUGAUCAGAUGUUCACCUCAGAGGAUAAUACUUUCGAGAAUUCUGGGGCGAAGGCACCUUUCUUCCAGCCACCUGUAGGAUUCAGCUUUGCCAAGGAUGCUCCGCUAAAGUUGGAUACGAGCGGCGCGAAGGAGCCACCAAUUGUUACACUUCCUUUCUCAUUGAGUACACCCAGUCGUCUUACUGAACCCCAAGUGUCAAACCGGGUUCAAGAACAGAAAGGCGGACCACCGGCAGAUCGUCCAACCAUUGGUGCAUCGUCUCUGGUACCGGCUAUCGAUUUACAAUCAGAGGCUCUUGCUUCCGCUCCUGCUGCCCCGGAAAUUGUGCCGAAGAUAGCUUUGAUACCACCCACCCCUGGCCCUCCGGCGCCUCUAGGCAAGCUAAGCCUAACGAACGAAAGUUCCAGCACAAAUAGCGAUGUCGCGCAGCCUUCAAUUCCAAACUUCUUUGCCAACUCCUCAAUCUUCUCUAAGCCAAGUGUGACCUCAGGUCCACUUGUAGCAACGACACCGCUGUUUUCCAAAUCACCGGAGUCUGAGAAUCCCAAGGAUAGUAGCAUGUCACCUGUCGCACCUAUCACUGCGAAAUUACAGCCUGCGUUGUCUGGUACCAUCGAAGCGCCUCCGACUGCCAUUGCAUGGAGUCUUCCUGCAGCCGCUACUGCUGACCUUCCUGCCCCUGCGCUUAUCUCAGUUGCAAAGACCGGAUCACCGUCGACCAAUGCAGACACAGCUACUAGUUCGUCGAUCACGUCUUCCCAAGACGCAGCAUCGGCAUUGGGUGCUACUAGUAGUUCAGAGAAGCCAGUGGUACAGCCUACUCCCAGUGCUCCUAUGCAUAUCGGCUUUGAUGCACCCGCUAAACCUACUGAGGCUGGAAGCUCUACGGCGCCCUCUACCUUCAGCUUCGGCAACUUUUCUGCUAAUGUGUCAGAGACUCCUAAACCUUCAUCUCCUUUCACAUUUGAUGCUCCAGCUAAAGCUGCAGAAACGAAUGGUGCCACAAGCUCGCUCCCCUUCAGUUUUGCCGCGCCCACGACAACAAGCAGUACGGGUCCCGUGGCGUCGUUACCCUUCUCUUUGACUACAACUACAAAGAUAGCGGAGGCAACUAAUGCUCCCAAGCCAUUCGUCUUUGGUCCUCAGCCAGGUUCAAAGCCUUCGGAGGCUAAAGCCCCGGAGCCCAGUGAGGCAUCGAAACCAUCGUUAUUUGGCAAUGUAUCAUCCACGCCAUCAUUCGCAGGGUUUGGUGGCUCUACUAACAGUUCCACGGGCAGUAAUGCCGAGCCGGCGAAACCUUCAUUUACCUUUGGACCACCUGCUGUUACUCCUACUUCCAUCACCCCAGUUUUGGAAGCUCCAAAACCUGUGUUUGGUACAGGAAGUUCAACUGCGUUCAGCUUUGGGUCGUCUGCUACGUCUUCCACGCCCAAAGAGAGUCCCGCCCCUAUCAAGUCGACCUUCUCAUUUGGUGCUCCGGCUUCUACAUCGUCUGCUCUAACAGCUGAUAAGCCAAGUUUCACAUUCGGAGCGCCUACCCAGCAUGUCUCAUCGACACCCAGUCCAAUAUUGUUCGCCGCUCCUAGCAGCAGUAAUGGGGCUGAUGUCUCUAGCCAUCCUUUCUCGUUCGGUGUUGCGGCCCAACCUGCAAGGCCGGCCACACCUCCUCAUAACGACCAAGAGGUAAAUAUGGACGAAAGCCCUACUCGUGCGAAUGGAAUGGAUACGAACAACGGUCACAAGGAGCCACUUAAGCUUACUACCGGAUUCACCUUUGGUGCACCAAGUGCGGGUUCGGUCAGCUCGCCGUUUGGGCAGGGUGGUCAGAACAGUACAGCAUCAUUUUCGUUUGGUGCACCCCCGAGUUCAACAAAUCCUUUCGGUGCAAAGCCUGAGCCCAAGCCGGAAAUUAAACCGACACUAGGUUUCAGUGGAUUUAGCCAAUCAGGCGCGCCCGGUUUUCCGUUCGGACAGAAGACCUCAGAGGCCCCUCCUGCGUCGGCCAGUCCAUUCGGAUCGUCGACUACAUUUGGACAGCAACCUGCGACGCCCACUGGUACUGCUGCUUUCACAUUUGGCACACCAGCAACAAACACCUUUGGUCAGACGGUGAAUACUAGCUCCACACCCGCCAGUCCUUCCACAUUUGGCUCUACACCUGCAUUCUCUUUUGGUGCUACGCCGACGUCAGCGACUGCUCCCUCCAAUCCAUUCGCAUUCGGAAGUCAACCAGCUUCUCCAGCUAGCACAGGUGGUGGUCUCCCAUCGGCCUCAGGGGCGUCCAACCCUGCAUUCGCCUUUGGUCAAUCGAGUCCUGCAACUGGACAAGCGCCCGCUUCUCCAUUUGGUGCACCAGAAGCUUCUGCUGCUGGCGGUGCAUUAUUUGUGAUGGGCUCCACUUCGGCACCAUCACAGGGAUCUGGUCCCGGCGGUAGGCCAGUGAAGAAAUUGCCCACAAGGCGCGGCGGCAAGCGCUGA